CUGUCGACUGGCGGGGGAAGGGCGGGCCCUGCGGCCCAGGCUCGGAGCCCGCCCCGGCCUCGUGCCCUAUGUAAGACAGGUCGCGGCGCCGGGGCCGCGGCGGCGGCGGCGGCGGCGGCAGCGGGAGCUCGCGAGCCUCCCGAGUAGGAGGGCGGUCGCGGGUGCUUUCCUUGCUCGCUCGUUCGCUCGGGCAGCGGGUGCUCUCACGCCCGCCGCGCCCCGCCCCCGCGCGCCGCGGUGUCCCCAGACCCCCGGCCGCGCGCUGCAGGGCCCUGAGGACGACAUGCGGGACUACGAGGAGGUGACCGCCUUCCUGGGCGAGUGGGGGCCCUUCCAGCGCCUCAUCUUCUUCCUGCUCAGCGCCAGCAUCAUCCCCAAUGGCUUUAAUGGUAUGUCAGUCGUGUUUCUGACCGGUACCCCGGAGCACCACUGCCGGGUGCCGGACACCGCGAACCUGAGCAGCGCGUGGCGCAACCACAGUAUCCCGCUGCUGCUGCAGGACGACCGCGAGGUGCCCCACAGCUGCCGCCGCUACCGCCUGGCCACCAUCGCCAACUUCUCGUCGCUCGGGUUGGAACCGGUGCGCGAUGUAGACCUGGAGCAGCUGGAGCAGGAGAGCUGCCUGGAUGGCUGGGAAUUCAGCCAGGACGUCUACCUGUCCACCAUCGUGACCGAGCAAGAUAAUGGGGCCCAAACUAUGAAAGACAAGAUGGGGAGGGAGAGGUCACCUGCUUUCUGCUCUUCUGCUCAGUGGAACCUGGUGUGUGAAGAUGACUGGAAGCCCCCACUUACCAUCUCCUUGUUUUUUGUGGGUGUGCUGCUGGGCUCCUUCAUUUCUGGGCAGCUCUCUGACAGGUUUGGUCGAAAGAACGUGCUGUUUGUGACCAUGGGCAUGCAGACAGGCUUCAGCUUCCUACAGGUCUUCUCAAAAAACUUCGAGAUGUUUACCGUGCUGUUUGUGCUUGUAGGCAUGGGCCAGAUCUCCAACUAUGUAGCAGCAUUUGUCCUGGGAACUGAAAUUCUUGGCAAGUCAAUUCGUAUUAUAUUCUCCACAUUAGGAGUGUGCAUAUUUUAUGCCUUUGGCUACAUGGUGCUGCCACUGUUUGCUUACUUCAUCAGAGACUGGCGGAUGCUGCUGCUGGCGCUGACAGUGCCCGGGGUGCUGUGCGCUGCGCUCUGGUGGUUCAUCCCUGAGUCCCCCCGAUGGCUCAUCUCUCAGGGCCGGUACACAGAGGCAGAGGUGAUCAUUCGCAGGGCUGCCAAAAUCAAUGGGAUUGUUGCACCCACCACCAUCUUUGACCCUAGUGAGUUACAAGACCUAUGUUCCAAGAAGCAGCAAUCCCACCGCAUCCUGGAUCUGCUCAGAACCCGGAAUAUUCGAAUAGUCACCAUCAUGUCCAUAAUCCUGUGGUUGACCAUUGCAGUUGGCUAUUUUGGACUUUCCCUGGAUACUCCUAACUUGCAUGGGGACAUCUAUGUGAACUGCUUCCUUUCGGCGGUGGUUGAAGUCCCAGCAUAUGUGUUGGCCUGGCUGCUGCUGCAACAUGUGCCCCGGCGCUAUUCCAUGGCCACUGCCCUCUUCCUGGGUGGCAGUGUCCUUCUCUUCGUGCAGCUGGUACCCCCAGACUUGUAUUACUUGGCUACAGUCCUGGUGAUGAUGGGCAAGUUUGGCAUCACUGCUGCCUUCUCCAUGGUCUACGUGUACACGGCUGAGCUGUACCCCACAGUGGUCAGAAACAUGGGUGUGGGAGUCAGCUCCACAGCGUCACGCCUGGGCAGCAUCCUAUCUCCCUACUUUGUUUACCUUGGUGCCUAUGAUCGCUUCCUGCCCUACAUUCUCAUGGGAAGUCUGACCAUCCUGACAGCCAUCCUCACCUUGUUCUUCCCAGAAAGCUUCGGUACCCCUCUCCCAGACACUAUUGACCAGAUGUUAAGGGUCAAAGGAAUAAAAGAUAGGCAAACCCCAAGCCACACAAGAAUAUUAAAGGAUGGUGAAGAAAGCCCCACAAUCCUUAAGAGCACAGCCUUUUAACACAACCUCCAGUCAGAGAGGAGCUGAAAAGGAAAGACUGCACCUUGUCAGAAAUGACUGUGUAGACUCUGAGUGACAAAGGCCUUGCUGUUUAUCCUGUUGACCCUGUGUCUGAUUUGCUCGCGGAUGAGCAUCCACACUCACAGGAUGCACAUAUACGAUCCUGGAUAUAUAUGGUUCCUCCAGGGACACCGUGGCUACCUACAGACAACUUAUAUAUGUCCUAAUUAUUACAAUGGUGGACGUGGCACUCUCCUAAGAAGUCGAUGGCUCUCAAGAACCAGUGGGACUUGGAAGAAUACAAGAGGCAUCUGCUAAUACAUACUUUAAUCUUGGACUACCUGAAAAGACCCCUGAUAAAAUGGAGGUCUGAGUUUUCUCCCUUCUUUCUCUACAUGGUGAACUUCAGAGGAAAAAAAAUAUAUAUAUAUAUUCCACAGGGGAGUUUGAUUUCUCACCUUUUCUCAGUUACAAAGGACAUUCACUGGGAUGUUGCAUCCCCACUGCAGGGAUCACAGGGUCUAGGAAACCUAAAGGUGAUUAAGAUGAAGAGGUCUGAGCAGAUGCAGAACAUGGGCAGGUGUGUUGACUUGUGACCACUCUAUGACUGCCGGGCAGGCUUGUUUACAUUUGAUCAAAGCACUGGGCUUGUCCAGGCCCACAAGCCUGCUCUUCAUGUUUUCCACUGCUGUGUAAAUCAAACCUCCUCACUACUAGAGCUUCUUAUCUGUGGUUUGAAGGAAGUAUAUCAGUGAGACAUUGUCUCUCCUCUCAAAACUGUAUUGAGGGUUUUCAUUGUUGUUUUUGUUUGUUUGUUGUGUCCCCUCCUUAAGUUAUUUGCCCUUCAGCAAAGACCUAGGAAAGGCUAGUUUCUUAGCUUCCUGGUUUGUACCCCGCUUUUUUCAACCCAGACUUGCUCUGGCAACGGUCUGUACAGGCCUUACCAGCCUUAGCCACUAGCACUUCUCUGAGUGCCAAAAAAUGAUGUCAUUGUGUGUGUUCCUCUUCUGGUACCUAAUCAUAGGGAAAAUUACAAGAAAGAAUUGUAAAUCAUGUUCAUAAUCUUUCAGAGUUGCUCACUCCAGUCACGUAACAUUAUUGGGAGAUAUUUUGUGUUCAGUGUAAUUGUCUUUUCUAAUUAUGUUACCAUGGUACUCCUAAAACCUAUGCUUCACCUGGUUUAAAAAAAAAUGUAUUUUUGUGAAAGCUCCUGAAGUGCCUUGGGAAAUGAGAAAGUUUUAAUAAAUAAAAUGAGUUUUUAA